AUGGAUCCGAGAAUAUCCCUUUGGAGAAGCACUACCAUCUUGUGUGCCAUUUUUUUGCUCCAUGGGGCUUCUGCCUCUCGCCCUCACCACCACCAUUCUUCUUCUCCAACCAAGGCAGUGAAGCAGCAGCUCGAAACUUAUAUAAUUCAUGUGAGGCAACCAGAGAGCGGAAUUUCCAGCUCUCUAGAGAGAGAAAGCUGGUACAAAUCCUUCUUUCCGAAAACUCUCACAUCAAGCUCCGCAACUGAAUCAAGAAUGGUUUAUGCCUACAACAAAGUCAUUGAUGGCUUUGCAGCAAGGCUCACAACUGAAGAAGUAGAAUCCAUGAAAGCCAAAGAUGGGUUCCUCCAUGCCUACCCCGAUAAGCUUCUUCGACUUCAAACCACGCGCACGCCUCAAUUCUUAGGGCUCAGCCCGAACCGGGGGGUCUGGCCGGAUGCUGGGUUUGGCAGUGGCACCAUUGUUGGUGUCCUAGAUGGGGGUAUAUGGCCGGAGCACCCGUCUCUUGACCCCAGGGGCAUGCCACCGCCACCGGCUAAGUGGAAAGGUAUCUGUGUUGAUGCCGGGGAAGACUUCAACUCAUCGAACUGCAACAACAAGCUCAUUGGGGCUCAACUCUUUAAUGCUGGUGCCAAGGCCAUGCUUGGAGAGGCCGCUGCUGAGCAGCCUGGGCUGAACUCUCCGAGAGACAUGGAUGGGCACGGCACGCAUACGGCAACAACUGCGACGGGCGGGUUCGUGCCUCAUGCGGAGGUACUUGGCAAUGCUGAGGGCACUGCUGUAGGCAUGGCACCGCAAGCGCACUUGGCUAUUUAUAAGGUGUGUUUCGGUGAGACAUGUGCAGACUCUGAUAUACUGGCGGCUCUCGACCAGGCGGUCGAGGAUGGUGUCGAUGUGCUCUCGCUCUCACUCGGUGGUGAGUCCACCAGGUUCUUUGAGGAUGUUGUGGCAAUUGGCGGCUUCACCGCGGUGCAGAAGGGAAUCUUUAUGAGCUGCGCAGCUGCGAACUCCGGGCCACUACACUCGACUCUGGUGAAUGAGGCACCCUGGGUGCUGACUGUGGGAGCGAGUACACUUGACCGAGAAAUCAUAGCCGAUGUGAAGCUCGGAAAUGGCCGCAUCUUCAUCGGUGAAUCCCUUUUCCAGCCAAAGUUCUUCAAGCCAACUCUGCUGCCUCUUGUGUACCCCGGUGCGAGCGGGAACCUCAGCGCUGCACAGUGUGCUGAAGGUGCCCUAGACCCUAGCCAAGUCUCCGGCAAGGUGGUGUUUUGCGAGAGAGGGGGCGGCAUAGGCCGGGUUCAGAAGGGUGAGAAUGUCUUACAAGCCGGGGGCGUGGCCAUGAUACUUAUGAACGACGAGCUCAAUGCCUUCAGCCUCAUCGCCGACACCCAUGUUUUGCCGGCAUCUCAGGUUAGCUUUCAGGACGGGGACACGAUGAAGGCCUACAUUAACUCGACUCAAUACCCCACGGCCACGAUUCUCUUCAAGGGCACUGUGUUCAGGGACACUGCUUCCCCUGCUGUCGCCGGCUUCUCAUCCAGAGGACCCAGUGUCGAGAGUCCCGGAAUACUAAAGCCAGACAUCAUCGGCCCUGGUGUGAGCAUCCUGGCCGGCUGGCCCUUAAACUUGAGCCCUUCUGGCUUGCUGAACGACACCAGAAGAGUAGUUUUCAACGUGAUCUCCGGCACAUCCAUGUCGACCCCCCACCUAAGUGGGCUGGCUGCAUUGCUCAAGAGCACGCACCCUGACUGGUCCCCCGCCGCCCUAAAAUCGGCAAUGAUGACCACCGCAAACCCAUACGACACCGAGGGGAAGCCCAUAACCGAUGAGACCCAAGGCCCAGCCGACAUCUUCGCCACUGGCGCCGGGCACGUGAACCCCACCAAAGCCACCGACCCCGGCCUCAUCUACGACCUCAGUGCCGGCGACUACAUACCCUAUUUGUGCGGGCUAGGGUACACCGAGGCCCAAAUCCAAGCCAUUGUUAGGAGCCAUUUCAAGUGCUCAAACCAAACCAGCAUCUCUGAGGGAGACUUAAACUACCCAUCUAUCUCUGCAGUCUUCUCUCCAACAGGGCCUUCUUCUUUUACCUUUAAAAGGACAGUAACCAAUGUUGGGGCCAAGUAUUCUACUUAUGAGGUGGAGGUGGUGGAACCUCAAGGAGUGAAAGUGGAGGUGAAGCCCAAAAAGCUUUACUUUAAGAAAAUGAAUGAGAAGCAAACAUUUGAAGUUGUGUUGUGUAGCUAUGGGGCUGGAUCCAUGCCCUUUUCUCAAGGCCACAUAAAGUGGUACUCUGGGUCCAAGUAUGAGGUGAGGAGCCCCAUUGCUAUAGCCUUCAAUGAGUGAACUC